AUGGCUAGCUAUGUGUAUGAAGACGAAUCGCGAGUGAUUGUGGGAUUGCAGGAGGGAAUGGCGAAGGGGGAUGAGUUUGCUGUCAUGUGGCAACACGCGACGUGGAAAUUUCCAAAUGCGGAGUGGCUGGCGUUUUGGGUAUAG